CAUUUUGUAUAUAAUUAUUAUAUCGAAUUGUAAAGUUAGGCUAAGCCAGCUUAAUUAAUUACAUGAAGUUAUCAGGGAUGCAAAAGCAGGUUCUUAACAAAAAAAAAGACCCCACUCCUAAACCCUAUAACCAAGCGGUUUAUUUCUCUAAAAACUCAAUUUUUAAUCAUUAGAUAGUCUACUGUAUAAGGCCAUGCAAAAUCAAUUUGUAGUUUCUCAGGCCCUCGCGCUUGGAAAUUGACUACGUUCUUAAAUAUCACGUGACCUCGAAAAGAAAUGCGUGGUUGUUGGGUCAUGAAAAUAAUUAUGACUAAUAAUUAGAUUAUGCACUUCCGCUUAUUGAGGAAGUUAGGGGUGUGUUUUCAAUUAAAUUUCUAUGAAUAUCAUUAUCAUUCAAUCGCUUGCGAUAACCUGAGAAACUACAAAUUGACUUUGCAUGGCCUAAAGUGUUGUUGAAAGUCUGUGAAGUAGUUACUGUAAUUUGGAUCCUGAUCAUCUGCAGUGCACUACCAGACAACAAUGGCAGCUCAGUCAUUGGUCCCCCUCUCCACUCACAUCUACCAUCCUAGCCCAGCUUAUCACAGGGACUUCUUCCUGCUGCGAAUGCCCAUCAAGGUCAACAACCAACCAAGUAUCAUCAAAAUGAUCGAUGGCACUCCUGUGCUAUACUGUCCUGAGGUGGAGCUCUCAGUGCAACUGGUCGUACUAGCUCAGCAUGUCUCCACUGUGCUAGCUGAUUACCAUAUUGCACUAAAAGGAGCCUAUUACGAUGACAACUAUCCACUCUAUGCCAUUGAUCUACCUCCUCCAAUAUCCUACGAGGGAAUACAAUCUUUGCUACCCGCCUUCUCAAAUGUUUGUUCCAGCAUCGCUGAGAGAUAUUUUUCAAGAGUUUCUUGCAAAACUGCAGUGACAGUUCACAUGCAGCUUCUUCUUUGCUCCCCUGCAAAAGACAGCUCUUCAACUUCCAAAGUCACUGCAAUUCAGCUUGGAGAAGACUUAUCAGACAAAUCAGACGAGAUUUUUUUGACCUUUUUAGGAAGCAAGAUUUUUAAAUUCUCUGAGCUGUUUGCCGACAGUUCCAACUCGUCUCCUACUAUCAUUGGAUUAUCCUCUAAAGCUGCUGCUGUGUCAUUUGCGUCACUGCUUCGAGCACUGAGUGAGAAGGCCAGUCACAAGUGGUUCAAUAUUGGAGCUUUUCUUGGAGUAUCUGCUGAGAAAUUGCAGACAAUUGAGAAGCAAUACCAGAAUCCAGAGUCUUGUUUGACACACAUGCUGAAGAAUGUGGUGGACUGUAAAACCGAGCUUACGUGGGGAAAGGUGGUCUCAACGCUUUCCACUGUUGGGCUAAGCAAUCUAGCAGAGGAAGUCAGUGAGGAACAUGGUGUUUGCUUCCUGAGGGCUGAAAAUGAAGAUACAGCAUCUUUAACUAAACCCACUCUUCAAUCUUUGAGCCAAUCUCUAGCUGUGGUCAGUGCCAAGUGGUUCAACUUUGGUGCUCUUCUAGGAGUUCCCCCCAGUACACUACAAGCAAUUGACAACCAGUACCACUCAGACUGUGAUGACUGCCUCACUAGAAUGCUUAUAUGGGUGAUUGAAAACUCACGCAUCACAUGGUCCUCAGUAGCACAAGCUCUGGGCCAGAUUGGAUAUGGAGACCUAGCGGAACAAAUCAGACAAUCACAUGAUAUCUCACCAGUACAAUCUGAGGGUGUAACACAGCAAGCUGAAGCCGGUGAUACAGAGCAGUGGAAAAUUGAAGUAGAGUCCUCUGUCACUGAAGUUCGACAAGACAUUGACACUCUUAUCCAGCAAGAUUAUGCUAAUAUUAAACAUGAGCUGAAGCGGCUGAAAGAAGAAAAAGAUGGGAUCCAAAAACGUCUUGAGCAAGAAGAAACACAGUGCAACAGCCUUCAUGAAUCGAAAAGACUCCUGGCCAUUCAAUUGAAGCAAAAAGACAAACAACACCGUCAGAAAAUAAAGGCCAUCGAGAAAAAGAUUAUUGAGAAACAGUCGACAGUAGCUGAUCUAAAGAGUGAACUUGAUCACACCAAUAUGAAGUACAAUGAAAAAUCUCAGCAAAUGGCCAGUCUUGCUGCAACCUUGUCAUUGAAAACGAGUGAACUCGUAGAGAAGUCGUUUGUACUGUCUAAAAUUAAAGAGUCAUUUUUGGAAUGUGAUGAUGCUUUUAGAAUUGCUGAUGGGCGAAGGCUAGACUAUCAAAAACGGCUGGUGGAGGCGAAACAAGUUUCUCAAGCUGCUUAUCUGGCUGAAAUAAAGUCACAAAUUGAAACUGAAACUGAAUGCGUGAAGAGCCUUGAAGAAGAGUGCCACAUUGUUGACAAACAGUGCUCUGACCUUGCCACCAUUAUUGCUAGCAUUGAAGGAGACAUUGCUACCAAAGAACAAGUUUGCAAAACUCUGGAAAGUAAUACCGAGGUUUUUGUUGAGAAGCAGAUUGAGCUCACUGAGCUGAAAAUGGACGUAAUAAAUCGCAAACUGGAGCUUGCUAAAGCAGAGAUCAAACGUCAAGAUUCCACACAAGAACUAGCUUAUCAUCAAAAAGAUUUUCAAAAAGCAAAAAACCGUUUGCCUGAACUGAGCAAAUGCAGUGUAGAUGGUAUCGACGUACCCGUACACAAGGCAAGAGCAUAUGUUGCCAUAGAGAUCAAGGUCCAUAUUUACGACAGAGACGGGGAGCCAUGCAGCGGACAGCAUUUAGUUUCUCUAUGCUGUGAAACAGAUGAGCAGAUGUUUACCGAGCCCAAUAACAGUACCCCUGGCACUUACUCUCUCUCCUAUACCCCCUCAUGUCUGGGGGAGCACUCGUUAGUAGUAGCCGUGAACAGUACACCCAUCAAUGAAACGCCCUUCAAUAUGUUCUUCCUGAACAGUCCUCAUCCCCCAAACUGCACCAUUACAGUUUUAGACAAGAAAGCUGUCCAACGCAAGAAGUUUGGUGCCCUCGUGCAACUGAAAGACCAGAAUGGUGAUCCUGUUAAUUCACAACAGAACGUGUCAGCAUAUUUGAAAUUUCCCGAUACGGCAUCCGAGAAGAUUAAAGCAAAUAUUUCCUCCUCUAGUGAUUCUCCUGACACGUACAUGCUUUCAUUGACUUCACCUUCUAGUGGUGAGGGAGUACUCUCCGUCUUUGUUGAUGAUCAGCUCAUUGCUAGUCCUUGUGUCAUGCUGCGAGCGUUCAAAGACAGAGCAUUUAAAAUGCUGCUCAUCGGCAAAAUUGGAUCUGGGAAGACCUCUUUUCUCAAUCUUCUUUACAACUGUGCCACUGUUGGCUCUGGGUUUGAAGCGAAAGGUCUUGAGCAAUUUACACAGUUCAAUGACAUUAAACUUGAAAAAGCACAAGCACACCCUAAGGAAACCAAAACAAGUGAUGCUACACUGUACAAUGUGGAAGUAGGUGACCUGAAGAUUGGGGUGAUCGAUACUCCUGGAUUUGGUGACUCUCGUGGCCUUGAACAAGACAAAACGAAUGCACAACGAAUCAUCAGCGCCCUCAAAAAGGAAGAGUACAUCAACUGUGUCUGCCUGAUCAUCAAUGGUCGUCAGCUUGGAGCAGAUGCAUUGUUGAAGUAUGUCCUCACUGAUAUAGCUGCUAUCCUUCCGAAAGGUAUUCUUGACAAUGUAAUUGUUGUGUUCAGUAACACAGGCGAUUUUCUUGACGUCGAUUUUGAUACAGGCCUGCUGAAACAAUAUUUUGGGAUAGAAAUUGAGAACAUUCUCUGUGUUGAAAAUCCGUACUGCCGGUUUGAGAAAGCAAAAGCAAAAGUUGGUCAACUAGGUAUUGAUAGAUUGACUAAGAGCUUGCAGAAAGCUUUUGAAGACACUUCCGAAGUUCUUACUGAGAUGUGUGAGACCAUCACAAAUUUCCCUCAAGUUCAAACACAUCGAUUUAUUGAGCUCUAUGAGAAGAAGCAAGAUAUUGAGAAGAGCGUUCUAGACUCGCUGACUGCCUAUGACAAUCAGAUGAUGCUGGAGAAAUCCCUCAUAGAUACCGAGGCCGAAGUAAAAGCAGCGGUGAGAAAAAAGUCUGAUAACAAAGACUACAAAACCUUUAUUCCGACCAAAUGGGGGGAGCACAAGCACAGCAUACUAUGUGCAUACAGUAAUUGCCAAAGCAAUUGCCAUACCCCAUGUGAUGACUUUUCGAAACUAUUGGAUAAAGAAAUGAUUAAAUGCUGUGUCGUUUUUGACGGAUCAAACACUUGUCGGAAAUGCGGUCAUAGUUACAUUGAUCAUUACGACGGAAAGCUUGAGGAGAAUACGCCUUCGAUACGUGUUAAGGAAUCAAAGAAAAAAAAGUUCGACAAAGCAUCAACUGAGGAAAUCCAAGCUCAAUCACGAUUCAAUGAGCAGAACGAAAAGAAACGCACUGCUGCUGCAGAAAGGAAGAAAUUGUCAGAGAAAUUGCUGAAACAAAUCAGUGAAUUUGAGGACGAGAGCGUAGCAGGAAAUUACACUAAGAUAUUGGAAUCCCAGUUGGCUGUGAUUGACACACGUAUUGAAGCUUCAACUGGCCCCGAGUCCGAAGACCUUUGUAAGACCAGGGAUGAGGUCAAAAAAAAGCUGGAGGUGAUACAACAAGCUAAGAAAAACACAGUAUACCAGUGUACCGCACGUGCAUUCAAUUUGGUAAAUUAGUUAUAAUUAUAAAUACCUUUUUUGUUUAAUAGUAUGCUCUUUGCUUUGUUUGACUAUUCACAUUUUUACUGUGUACAUUUAUUCUCCCUUAUAAUUUAUUGUCCUGAGAUUAAUUAUCGAUUGUGUACCCAAUUUCUCCAAAAUCAUGUUCAUUAAAGAGUUGAGCAAUCCGACAAUUU